AUGUCCUUCGUUCACGUCUCUUUCUUUGACCGCUACCCUGAGUUUAACCACAACCCUCGCGCCAGCAUCCGCGAUGAGUUCAAUCGCCUGGCCAAGUCCCAGAACUGGACCAAGAAGGAGACCGCUAAGAAGCGCAUGGAAUGCUACAACGAUGAGUUCGAGGGCUAUUUCGCCAACCUCGAGCUCGACAGCGGGCUUGAGCGUCUUCAGUACCUCUGUGUUGAGCUCGACAUUACUCCCAAGGACACUGUCACUCAUGUCCACGUCAACAUUGUUCACCUGAUGGAUGCUCGUCGCACCAACACCAAGGUCAAGAAGUUCUCGUCCAAUGCUAGCCUCGUCCGUUACAUCCGCAAGACCAAGGAGUUCUUCCCUCUGGAGGAGGCCAAGGGCGACGUCAUCAAGGUGCUUCUCAGACAGAUCUUCUACAAGUGA